AUUAAAUGCAUAACCCAUAUGACUUGCUUCAUAGAUCCUCUUUGGUCCACUGGCAAUUGUCUUAGAAGAGAAGGAAGAGCUCUCAAAUGCUGUGUCACUUGAGGAACUCAAUGGAAUAAUGGCAUACCGAUCUGAUCUAGAAAAUUUGGAUGAAGAUGGAUAUACUCAAUUACAGUUCAGCUCGAGACCUGUGUCCUCAGAGAAAGGACCUUAUGCUGCAUCUCUUUCUUGGCGUUCCAUUGCUGUGACUUUGGGAAUCCUAUGCUUGGUAAUACUGGUGAUAGCCAUAAUCCUGGGUACUAUGGGUAUUUGGAGAUCCAAUUCAGGAAGCAACUCGUUGAAGAAUGACAAUUUUCCAUCAAGAAAUAAAGAGAACCACAAUCAACCCACACAAUCAUCUUUAGAAGAGACUGUGGAUUCUCCCAAGGCUCUCACCACCACAGGAGUUCUUUCCAGCUCUUGUCCUCCUAACUGGAUUGCACACGAGAGUAGCUGUUACCUUUUUGGCAUAUCAUUGAAUUCUUGGAAUGAAAAUAAAAGACAGUGCUCUCAACUGGACUCUUAUCUCCUGAAGAUAGACAGUUCAAAAGAAUUGGAAUUUAUAACAAAGCAAGUGUCUUUCCAACCUGAUAACUCAUUUUGGAUAGGGCUCUCUCGCGCUCAGGCUGAAGGACCAUGGCUCUGGGAGGAUGGCUCAAAAUUCUCUCCUAACUUGUUUCAAAUCAGAAGCACAGUUACCCAGGAAAACUCAUCCCACAAUUGUGUAUGGAUUCACGUGUCAAUAAUUUAUGACCAGCAUUGUAGUAUGCCCUCAUAUGGUAUUUGUGAGAAGAAGUUGUCGAAAUAAUGAUGUGGGUGUUGACAGAGUGAAGUAUAUAAGCCUAGAGGCCCAGUGCAUGAAAUCAUGUGAGAGUAGGGUCCCUGUGAUCAGGGCCAUCUUC